AUGAUGCUGCAUUCGCAAGAAGAUCCCCAAUAUCAGACACAGAUACAAUCGCAAGCUGAAGCACAGAUUCGUCUCCAGCAAAUGCACCACUUCCAACAAGUUCAGCAAAUGCAGCAAUUACAGCAAAUUCAACAGUAUCAGCAGUAUCAGCAGAUACAACAACUUCAGCAAAUACAACAGGUGCAUCAAUACCAACAACUGCCUCCGUUUCCGCAUAACUUACACCAUGAUCCACAUCCUCAGAAUAUGACUUUACCGUACCAAGCCUACCAAACAUUAGAGAUACAACAGCGGGAGCAGGCACACCUAAUCCAAGCUCAAGCACAUGCUCAGCAGCAGGCACAAGCUCAAGUUCAUGCUCAGGCACAACAAGCAUAUGCUUACCAACAGCAGCAGCAGCAGCAGCAGCAGCAACAACAACAGCUUGAACAACAGGAGCCUCAAAUACAGCCUCAAUAUCAGUAUCAAGCGGGAUCACACUCUCAACAAAACGGAAAUACUGAGCAGCCCCUUACAAAGAGAGCUCGUCGGAGAAUUCAAAUGCAAACCAAGUUGUCAAAAUUAGAGCAACAAUUUCUAGCCGAUAAAGAUGUUCAUUAUCGUGACUAUUUGAUUCAAUUACAAUAUAAUCUCAGUACUCUCUACACAAACGAAAACCCCGAAUAUCUUGAAAAAAUUAGAGACAAAGAGGAAUGGAGAGACAUGGAACUUGUACGACUAAGACUAGCUGAAGAAUAUCAGGUCAACUUCAUAAAUAAUUCAUUCAAGCAAGAAUAUGAACAAACGGUUGAAAACACCAAAGCUGUCAUUGAGAUGGUGAAAACCAAACUACGUGACGGGUUGUUAAAUAAAAUCAAACAAUUAAAGGAAGACAAAGCUUUAAUAGACAUUGUUACGUCUUCUAAAUCGGGUACUGUACAUACUUCUACACGAUCAAGAAACACAUUGAAUGAUGAGGACGGCAGUUUCGUAAGUAUGAACAGUAUACGUGGUAACCAUGAAGGCGGAGGAUACAACACUGAAGACGGUAAUAACAAUGGUAACACCUCUGGUUUUGAGACUAGCACCAGUAAUUUCUUUUUCUCGGGUGAACGUCGUUCAAGAAGAAAGAGAAAUCAUGAUAAUGCCCUGCUGCAUGAUUCUACCGUCACUAACUCUAAUGAUGACUCUUACGACUCAAGUGCCACAGGUGGACAUAGCUCUAGAAAGAAAAAUAGAACGAAUGGAAAUAUUUCUUCAGCCAACGAGGACGAGGGUAAGAUUUAUACCGAAAACCCUAUACUCAAUGAAUUUCUGUACGGCAAUAAAGGCAGCAUUGGAAGGAAGGAGAAGUUCAGUACUAGGCACACCAACAGGAAUUCUCCUUUAUGUCCACCGCUAAAACCUGAGGAAAUUAACGAGGAUUUAAAUCUUCUUAGGAGCAUAAGAAGAAAAUAA